GUAGUUUCAAGUGAGUGGGUGGCUUCGGGUGGGAGAGGAUGGCUAGACUUGGAGGUGAGGCAACGUUGACAUCCCGCCUACUCUUCUUCUUCUUGGUAUCGACGGCGGUGAUGGGUGGCAGCGCGACGGUGGAGACAAGGAGAAGUGUGCUGGGGAAUGGCCUCGGCAGAACUCCUCCCAUGGGGUGGAACAGCUGGAACCAUUUCCACUGCAACAUCAACGAGCAGCUCAUCAGAGAGACUGCUGAUGCAUUGGUGCAUACUGGACUUGCAGGGUUGGGUUAUCGCUACGUUAACAUAGAUGAUUGCUGGGGAGAAGCCAAUAGAGACUACCAGGGAAAUUUAGUUGCUAAGCGAUCAACAUUUCCUUCCGGAAUAAAGUCUCUUGCAGAUUACGUGCAUGCAAAAGGGCUGAAGCUUGGAAUCUAUAGUGAUGCAGGGUCACAGACAUGCAGCAGAACUAUGCCUGGGUCACUCGGAUAUGAACAACAUGAUGCAACGACGUUUGCCUCCUGGGGGGUUGAUUACUUGAAGUAUGACAACUGCAACAACCCUGGUACUAGGCCAAGAGAAAGGUAUGCCAAGAUGAGCUACGCUCUUCGGAAUUCUGGAAGGAACAUUUUCUUCUCCCUUUGCGAGUGGGGUGAUGAUAACCCAGCAACCUGGGCGAGCGGUAUAGGCAACAGUUGGAGGACAACAGGCGACAUCUACGAUAGCUGGGGCAGCAUGACAUCGCGCGCCGAUGAGAACAACAGAUGGGCAUCCUAUGCCGGGCCUGGUGGUUGGAAUGAUCCAGACAUGCUGGAAGUAGGAAAUGGUGGCAUGUCAACGGAGGAGUAUCGAUCGCAUUUUAGUAUAUGGGCAUUGGUCAAGGCUCCUUUGUUGAUUGGAUGUGAUGUGAGGACGAUUAGCGGAGAUGCAUUGGAGAUACUGAGCAACUCAGAGGUCAUUGCAGUCAAUCAAGACUACCUUGGAGUUCAAGGGAAGAAGGUAUUCGGUGGAGGCAGCGAAGAGGUUUGGGCAGGUCGGUUGAGUGGAGGGAAGGUGGCUGUGGUCCUCUGGAACAGAGGAAGCUCGCGGGCGACGAUCACAGCGAGAUGGUCCGACAUCGGCCUCUCGUCCUCCACCGCCGUCAGUGUUCGUGAUCUUUGGGCGCGUGCGACCAUCGGGUCCGUUCGAGGGCAGCUCGCUGCUACGGUGGCUCCUCAUGCGUGCAAGAUGUACGUUCUGACGCCGCGGUAGAGCCAAGGCUUGGGAGUAGUGCAGACGUGCGCAAGCCCAGUCUGCACCAGUAUGCACUGCAACUAUGUAGGAUGUGAUUCCACUAGUAAUUGCAUGAACAAGAUUCUAAAUACGAGAUCUCUGCACAGAGACAAUCCUCCUCCCCCUCCUCCUCCUCCUCCUCAUCUUGAACUCUGUCCGUGAAGGCUAAAAUAAGAGAAGAUCAUCGAGUUUCCUUGUUUA